GGAUUCCGUGUCCAGUCCAGAGUUUCCGUCGGAUCGUUCGAGCCUUGUCGUAGGUAGGCGAGUGGGUGUGUAACAUGCUCGUGAAAUCAGACGGCGGAAAAGAUCAACCUGGACUGUCCGUGAGUGUAAUAGUGUUGGGAUAUACAUGAACCAGUCCGAGUUAGCUCCGUAUAGUGUUAAAGAGAGGAAAGCUUUGGACCACAACUGAACUUCUCACACUGUUGGCCGGAGAAAUUCACCUCUGAUCAGAUACAAAAAAAACGUGUGUGUUGUCCAACGUGAAUUCUUUGAAGGAACUCUGUACCUAUUAUCAUCAUCAUGGGGAAAGCGCAGUCUAGGUCCUAUGACUUAUCUUCUGUGAAUAGCUCGCCACAGCUCACCAAUACAAACAGUGACGUCAGAGAGGCGGUCAAACCUGUAGACCAACCAGUGGUCAAACCUCCUGACAAGAGUGCAGUCAAACAGUCUAACAGUUGCCCUGUGAAACCCGUAUCAAAAUAUAAAGACGGUAAAAGCCCGUGGGAUUGGGCUCCAACAUCGCUUCCGGACGAUACUCCGAACGGUAAUUCGCAGAACACAUCUCCCCUUGUUGCUGUUGAGGAAACAAAUACUCUUUCCACUGAGGUCAUUCUCACGGAGCAACACAACUCCACCUCCGUAGUCGAGGUAAUAUCUCAUUCUGAAGCCGACAGUGACGUUACUGAAGUUGAAGUAUCGCCCUCGACUAUAGAAGGAACUGUUGAACUAGAUAACGCCAUGUCGGACAGUGACGUCAUAGAGGCGGUCGUGUGUGAGACGGGCGACCUCCAGGAUGGAGUGAUGAAAGAGGUGGCACUAGGUGACGGCAAGAUACUCUUAGUUAAGGAAGGUGACGACAUCCAUGCGUUGGGGGCACAGUGUACUCAUUACGGGGCCCCGCUAGCCAAAGGUGCCUACUGUAAGGGUCGAGUGCGUUGUCCCUGGCACGGCGCGUGCUUUAACGUGCGAACUGGAGACAUUGAGGACUACCCAGGGCUUGACAGUAUUCACACUUUUGAUGUAUCAGUAGCUGAAGGAAAGGUUAAGGUCAAGGGCAGUAAGGCAGCCUUAAAAACCUUCCGUCGUCAACGCAACAUGUGUAAGGCGAAGGAAGACAGUACCGACAGUGUCCUCAUCAUAGGAGGCGGUCCGGCCUCUGUGGUCUGUGCGCAGACUCUCCGACAGGAGGGAUUUACAGGCCAGGUAUCCAUAGCAACCAAAGAGGAACACUUACCAUACGACCGAGUCAAACUGAGUAAGGCAAUGGAUGUGAAGCCAGCAGCCAUAGCUCUCCGCGAUGAAGAUUUCUACAAAAAUGCGGACAUCAACAUCCUCACUCAAAAAGAGGCUGAAGCCGUGGACACAGAGAAAAAGUCUGUUCAGUUCAAAGAUGGGAGCACGCAGACAUACGGCUCACUGGUAUUGGCUACUGGAGGAAGUCCCCGAGUCCUGCCCAUUCCCGGUAUAGACCUUGGAAACGUGCGAAUGCUCCGAACACCCGCGGAUGCUAACUUUAUCGCUGAAAAUGCUGUGGGCAAGAAUGUUGUGAUUAUAGGAUCAUCGUUCAUUGGAAUGGAAGUGGCGGCAUGUUUGGUGAAAGUGGCGAGCUCUGUGACAGUAGUCGUGAGAGGAUGUGUCCCUUUUGAAAAUGUACUAGGCCAAAAAAUUGGAUCUGUUCUCCUUAAGAUGCAUGAAGAGCAUGGAGUAAAGUUUUACCUAGAAAGGGGGAUCAAAGAGUUUUCUGGAGAAGACGGUCACGUGACUGAAGCAGUACUCUCUGACGACACUAGGCUGCCCGCUGACCUCUGCGUUCUUGGAGUGGGCGUGGUACCUACAACAGAUUUCCUAAAGUCCUCCGGUUUAACAAUGAACAGGGGCUUCAUUCCUGUCAAUGAGUAUAUGGAGACUAGCCAUCCAGGUGUGUACGCUGCUGGUGACAUCGUGGAGUUUCCUCUGUUUACUGAGGGUAACAAGAGUGUCAAUGUACAGCACUGGCAAAUGGCGCAUGCUCAUGGACGGACGGCAGCCCUGAGUAUCGUGGGUAAGAAGACCGAGAUAUCUAGUGUGCCAUACUUCUGGACAGUCAUGUACUCAAAGAGCGUCAGAUACACAGGCUAUGGUGUCGGUUACGACGAUAUCGUGUUCCAUGGGGAUGUUGAGGCCUUGAAGUUCGUAGCUUUCUAUACCAGGGACGAUGACGUCGUUGCAGUAGCAAGUUUGAACUUUGACCCCUUGGUAUCCCAAGCUGCCGAGUUGAUGGCCAAAGGUCAAAAAAUUAAAAAGAGCGAGAUUCAAGAAAAGCCAGAUACUUGGGUUGACAGACUGUGCAAACUGUAAAUUUUGAUUGAAAAUGAUCUGCAAACAAAAACUUCACAAUUAACUGUGUAUUUACACAAAUAUUGAAUGUAAAUCAGAUGUUAAUGGAUUGAAGACAAAAGAAACAUGCAAAAAUUGUCGAAAUUUUAAAAUAUUUUAAAUUGUUGAAAUCAUCGGACUAACAAAAGUUGUCCCUGUUACAGUAUGUGGAUAAUUAUUUUCAGGAAUAUAAAUAAACAACAAAUUCGAAUGAUUUGAAAUUUUCGACAUGAACAUUGAUAAUUUUAAAUGUAUGUGUGUGUUUGAAGCAGAGAUUGGUUAUUUUUGUAUAAACCAUCUUCGUAAAGAACAACAAAAAUACAAAUCACGUUAUAUAUACGCAAUUGACAGUAAGAGUGUUUGGUCAUUUACCCCUAACUGUUAGAUUUAAAUAAUAUGAUGUGUUAAUCUGCCUUGAGUGAGCAAAGAUGGUAGUGGUCCAUUAGAAUAAAGAAUUCUGUAGUUUUAACGCGAGCAAAUCGAAAUGUACAUUCAUUAUAGACUUUCAAAUAAAUUUUGCUUUUCUA